CCAUUCUCAGAAAGAUCUGUACCUGGAGGUUAUGCUGGAGAAUGUGCAGAAUCUACACUGUGUGGGGCUUCCAGUUCCCAGAGAAGAUUUUAUCUCCUGUUUUCAGCAAGGGGAAGCACCAUGGCUGCUAGAGCAAAAAGACCCAAGGAGCUCCUGUCCAGAGACAGACACAAAUUUUGAAGUGAGGAAGAUAUCUACCAAGCUGAGCUGUUUUGUGGAAGGAUCUGGCCUCCAAAGAUGCAUGAGUGAAAGUCUUUCUGGCUUCAUUUUGAGAGAAAUCUGUGACUCUACUAUCAAGGGAACUGAAAAUCCAAAGAGGGACUGUGAAUUUGAUGAAACUGCAGAGAAAUUCAGCCAACAUUCAGUCCUAAAUCAGUAUACCAAAUUGACUUCAGGAAAUGACUGUUCUCAGGUUAGUAAAUACAGCAAAGGCUUUUUUGAAGAAAUAGAACUUGUUCAGUCUCCAGAGAAAACUCCUGAAAUUCUCAUGUAUCUAGGUAAACUUGGGGGAAUGGCCUUUGGCUCUACUUUAGACCUCAUUAGACACCCUAAAACUAAACAUGUAGAGAUGGGUUUUGUGAAUAAUAAAGAUGGGAGACCUUUCAGUCAGAACUCUGAGCUUGGUUCACAUCAAAUAAUCCACUCUGGAAAGAAACCUUAUGAAUGUAAACACUGUGGAAAGGCUUUCACACUGAGGAGUGAUCUUGCUGCACAUCAGAGAAUCCACACUGGAGGGAAACCUUAUGAAUGUAAACAAUGUGGAAAGGCUUUCACACACAGAGGCUCUCUUGCUGCACAUCAGAGAAUCCACACUGGAGAAAGACCUUAUGAAUGUAAACAGUGUGGAAAGACUUUCACACAGAGGGGCAAUCUUGCUGCACAUCAGAGAAUCCACACUGGAGAGAAACCUUAUGAAUGUAAACAAUGUGGAAAGGCUUUCACUCGGAGUGGUUAUCUUGCUAUACAUCAGAGAAUCCACACUGGUGAGAAACCUUUUGAAUGUAAGCAAUGUGGAAAGACUUUUAUAGAGAAGGGCUCUCUUGCUACACAUCAGAGAAUGCACACUGGAGAGAAACCUUAUGAAUGUAAACACUGUGGAAAGGCAUUCACUCAGAGUGGUCCUCUUGCUACACAUCAGAGAAUCCACACUGGAGAGAAACCUUAUGAAUGUAAACACUGUGGAGAGGCUUUCACAUGGAAGAGAGAUGUUGUUGCACAUCAGAGAAUCCAUUCUGGAGAGAAACCUUAUGAAUGCAAACUCUGUGGAAAGGCUUUCACACAGAGGGAACAUCUUGCUGGACAUCAGAGAAUCCACACUGGAGAGAAACCUUAUGAAUGUAAAUACUGUGGAAAGGCUUUCACACACAAUACCAGUCUUGCUGCACAUCAGAGAAUCCACACUGGAGAGAAACCUUAUGACUGUAAACACUGUGGAAAGGCUUUUACAGAGAGGGGCUCUCUUUCUAGACAUAAGAGAAUACACACUGGAGAGAAACCUUAUGAAUGUAAACGCUGUGGAAAGGCUUUCACACAAAGUUCAAGUCUUACUGCACAUCAGAGAAUCCACACUGGAGAGAAACCUUAUGAAUGUAAACACUGUGGAAAGGCUUUUACAUCGAGGGGCAAUCUUGCUGUACAUCAGAGAAUCCACACUGGAGAGAAACCUCAUGAAUGUAAAUAGUGUGGAGGGCUUUCACAGAGAGGAUUUAUCUGGCUAAAUAUCAGAGUGUCCACACUAAAGGGAAACUUUAUGGAAGUAAUGAGUUCAGAUUGACUUUCACAUAAAACUUCACAGUUGCUUCAUGUCCCAAAAUCUUCACUGGAGGGAAACCUCUAUAGUGGAGAGGCUGAGCUUAUAGUUGACACUUUUAGAUUGUUUAACAUAAGAAGAUCCACACUGGAGCAAAACUUUGGAAAUAUGAUCAAUGUAGUAAGGCCUUGAUGCAAAUCCUAUUACUGUCAUGAAUGAACAAAGACAUUAAAAUGGAGAAUUCAGAGCUUGUUCAGUUUGAGAAAAUGUCUUCUGAAUAGACUAUUUCCAGAUGGAUUCCCUGUAGGAAGGCUUUCAGCCAGAAAUCAUCCCAUACUUCAUAUUAGUGGAUUUAUAGUGCAUAAAAACCUAAUGACUCUGCUCAAGUUGUAUGUGUUUUCCUCAGGAGGAUGGUAAUCACUAUUAUUUAGAGAAAUGCAAAUUAUAAUAAGUCUGAGGGAGCACCCCAAAUCUAUUAGAUUGACUCGUAUAAUAGAAAAAGAAAGUAACAAAAAUGGGAGAUGUCAGAAAAUUGAGAUACUAAUGAACUAUUGGGGGAAUUGUGAAUGAUUUAUCCAAGAGUAUUUUUGAACCAUGUCCAAAG